CGCCGCCUCCUGGGCGGCUCUGGUAGCGGCGGGGCUCUCCGCCUGCCCACCCAGCGUCCCCUCGGCUCUCUCCCUGGCCGGCCUCGCUGCGGCCCUCUCGGAGCCAUGGCUGCGCAGGUGCCCGGCCCGACGGGCCUGCCUCUCUUCCUCUGGCUGCUGCUCUUGCCGCUGCCGGCGUGGGCGUCGGGGCAGCUCCGGUCGCCGGCUGCGGGGUCCGGGGUCGAGUCGCUGCUGGAGGAGUUCCGCCGCCAGCUGCUGCAGCAGGAGCCCCCGGGCGGCGGCGGAGGCAACGAGCUGGCGGAGGUGGCAGCAGGCCGCUGCCGCGGGGGCAACGGCGGGCCGUCGGGCUUCUUCUCGGCCAGGCCCGACACCAUCAUCCGCACCAAGGACUCCAUCGCGGCGGGAGCCACCUUCCUCGACUCGCCGGGCUCGGUGGCGGGGCCUAGGCAGUGCCUGGACGCCUGCUGCGCCGAAGCCCGAUGCACCCUGGCCGUCGUGCAGCAGCCGCAGCAGUCGCCCGCCGCGCUGCGCUGCUACCUCUUCAACUGCACCUACCGCGGCCGCGCCGUCUGCCUCUUCUCCCCGCAGCGCGGCUACAGCAGCUACGGCCUGGAGCCCAGCAGCCGCCCGCCCGCCCCGGAAGCUGAUGAGCCUCCUCUCAGCAAGGCAGGGAAAGACAUUAUGCUUCAGUUGCCCGUUAACUGGGUGAUUCUAGAUGGCCGAGAAAGUAGAGAUGACCAUGGAAUCAUACAGUAUGAGUGGAGACUGCUUCAAGGUGCCCCUUCAGUUGAUAUGAAGGUACCACAACCUGGAACUCUGAAGCUCUCUCAUUUGCAAGAAGGGAAAUACAUGCUGGAGCUGACCGUGACAGACACAGCUGGCCAAAGAAGCUCAGAUAAUGUCUCAGUGACCGUACUUCCAGUGGGUCACUCCAUGUUAGGAUGUUUUGGGGUAUGUUCGCGCUACCAGUUCCUCUGUGAUGAUGGUUGCUGCAUUGAUAUCACCUAUGCCUGUGAUGGAGAAGAGCAGUGUCUGGAUGGGUCUGAUGAAGCUUUUUGUCAGAAAUUUACUUCAGGACAAAAGACAAUAACUCACCCAGCCACUAGCUUCAUCCAGCAAAACAGCAUUGGACAAACUAACGAUGUCAACAAGGAACUUGCAUUUGAAAUCACCCAGAAAACUACUGUAAGCAAUCAAGCAUCUGAUGCAGACAAGAUCAACAAAUCAUCCUCUCAGGGACCAAAGAAACAAAUUACUGGGUUAAUGCCAGAGCUGUGCUUGGUGCCUCCUGCUGCUGGCCCCUGCAAUGGCCAUUUCCCUCGCUGGCAUUUUGAUGCUUUUUCUGGCACUUGCAUACAUUUCGUCUAUGGCGGCUGCAAAGGCAAUGAAAACAACUUCCUUCAAGAAUCAGACUGCCUUGCUGAAUGUGUAAAAGCUCAUGACUCUAAAACCUCAGGGAAAGACACAGAUUAUAGAAAUGAAAAUAACAUUGUGGUGUUAAAGGGCACUCCCAUCGAAAAGAGCCAUCCGGUUCCAGAAGCAGGUGCUGUCCUCCCUCUGGCUCUUGGGCUGGCCAUCACCGCUAUGCUGCUGCUCAUGGUAGCUUGCCGACUUCGGUUAGUGAGACAGAAACUUAAGAAAGCUCGGCCCCUGAUGUCUGAGGAAUCCGAUUACCUCAUAAAUGGGAUGUAUCUCUAAGGCAAGGUUCAGGUGACUUCCCUUUCCUUGAGCUUUCCUCAAAAAAAGUGUGCCUCUUGCAUCUUACACUUUCCUCUUUUUUUAAAAAAAGUAAAAACUCAUGUUUAAAGAGAAAACGCAGCAGCCACCUUCUAAAAGAUUCUUUCUAACAUCAGUGGUAGAGAUGUUUGUAGCUGCACCAGCAGACAGACCGGCUUCCCUCUGUCAGAGCUCUAGGACUAUCCUGUGCUUGUCAAUAAGGCAAAUUCCAUCUUACUAGGUUGUGUAUCGGUUGAGUCCCAUGAAAAUACUGCCAUAUCUAAGGUAAUGUGGCUGGAGUUAGCCCUGCGAUGGAUGAAAUGCCAUGUUCUCCAAGAACUGCCCUCUCCUUGUAAUCCAUAAUACUCAGUUCUGUUUUGCAAAAAAGCAUCAUGCAGUGUUACAGCACCACUUUGAAUAUUGGUUUCUGGGCGGCUGAUGAUCCACAUUGCUGCACCACUCCCAUAUCCCAAGGGAUGGCACAGGUCAGGGCAUGGAAAAAUAUAGCAGUCAUAUAAGAUCCUAGACACAUCUAUUUCCUGUUGUGUUGGCUCUCUGCAUCUGGCCUUAGGUGAGAAAUUAAUUCCUUUGACAUAAAUGAUCUUUCUUUAGCUUCCUUUUACAGAAAGGAUAUUUAUUUACUACUUUAAAACCAGUAUUUU